AUGGGAGACAUGGUGUGUUACCAGUACAUGUACAAGUUUGCCUCUGUUAAGCUGAAUUUCAACCCGGACAAUUUCAGUGACAACAGUUCGGUGUGUGAUGUCAAUAAGAGCAGCCGCCAGUACCAGCUGCAACAGCAAGUAAGUGCCUACGCAUCCUCCUGGCAGCUGUACUUUGCCCUGGCCAGCGGAGUCCCUGGCUUAUUUUCUGGAGUAAUCUAUGGAACCUACUCGGACAAAAUUGGUCGCCGGUUCCUGAUGGUUCUUUCUACAGUAUUGGUGGCUUGCAGAUACAUUGCUUACAUUAUCGCCAUACAGUUCAAUUUGUCUUUGAGCUAUGUGAUUGUGGGAUAUAUUCUCGAAGGCCUCGGUGGUUCUUUCAACACGAUGAUACUCGCAUGUUCAGCCUACACUGCUGACGUCACACAGUCUGGCAAGAGUCGAUCAUUGAGGUUGAUGAUCGUGCUAUCUGUAUCAGGAUUUUCCGAGAUUGUGGCGUAUUUGUCGUAUGGUUAUGCUACCCAAUUCCUUGGUUUCAAAUGCACGUUUCUGAUCGUUCUCGGUACUGAUGCCUUUACACUUUCUUUCAUAGCCUUCUUACCCGAAAGCCGAUCCGGGAAGCAUAUGCAGACUUUGUCAUUCAGACAAUACAUCAACAGAGCUUUCCGCUUCUACACUGAAAAGUCCAAAACCAACCCUUACAGAUAUUUGUAUUUCCUUUGCGGUGGGUCGUUGUUUUUCGCCGUCUUGGGAAGCAUUCAGAGGCAUGGAAUGGAAGUGUUGUAUCUACUAGAUUCACCCUUUUGCUGGGAUUCUGCGCGGAUUGGAGACUACCAAGCUAUAUCUUCAGGCAUUCGUAAUGCGAUUAGUCUAGCUGCUUUGGUAGUUCUUUUGAAAUGCGCGACGGAAGAGCUCUCUGCUGUAUUUCUUGGUCUUGUACUUGUUGGAUCAUUCUGUCUCGAGGCCUUUUCCAAAACAGCCAUAAUGAUGUAUGCAGUGGCAACAUUGGGAUUCUCAGAUACACCAUAUAAGUUGUUAUUAAAAACAAUGGCAUCCUCCAAAACUGAUGUCGACCACCAAGGCGCCCUCUUCGCCAGCCUCCAGUUGGUUGAUUCUUUCUGCAAUACAGCCGGGACUGUGCUAUGUAACAUGGUGUACGAGUUGACCGUUGGGUUCAUGAGAGGCGCCGUGUUCCUUUACAUGGCAGGCCUCUGCAUGAUUAGUGCUCUUCUCAUAAUGCAAACGAAAAACAAAAAGAAAAACUCAAAGAAAAAGACCUCGGACCCCAAGAUAAUCAGCCAAUGGGAUUACAACUUCGUUCGUGGUUUCGUCUAA